ACUCGUACUUUUUUUAUUAUUAUUCUUUCUAAAAGUUAGUUAGAGUUUUUUCUAUGUUAGGCAUGAUUAAGAUUAACAUGAAUCAAUUGCAUAAUUGCAUUUUUAGAUUGGAUUAAUAUAUAUUUUCUAACUUCUAACUACUCCAUUUAAAUCCAAAUUCUCAAAGUCGCUGCUGAUUAAGAAAGAUCCUAAUUUCGCUAAUCAGCUUCUUAAUUCGCUAAUUAAUUAAUUAACGCUCCAGUGGACCCACCACAACACCGACGCUACUGUGUAGCAGUUCAAUGGGUCCCGCAAUUCAUUUCUAUUAGAUUAGAUUAUUAUUUAUUUUUCAUCUGGAAAUUAACUGAGAUGAGAUGGUGAUGAUACAUUAUAUAUUAGUAUAGAUGUAUGAAAUCUUUUAAGCAAAGUUAAGUGGUGUACACUAUACGAAUCCGUUAUUAGAAAUUUAGAAUCUACCUUCACUCUUUCCUUUUCUGAUUUUACUUUUUUGUCCCCACCAAUCUUCUCACUCAAGAAAUUACAAAACAUUACUUUACUUUAUCUUUCUAGCCGUUAGCUAUAUACCAUAUCCUAUUCUUUACAUUUAAGUAAUAUUUGCUGCUUUUAACUUUUAUUUAUUAUAAAUUAUCUAUCUAGUACCGACAUCUCAGAAAAAGAAUGACCGCAUCAGUUUCUUCAGAACUGACACCGACAUUUUUAAUUAUAUCUAAUUCAUUAUUUUUUUUAAAUUAUUAAUAUGAUCGACGUGUCAGUGUAGGGGUCGGUGCCGUGCUUUAUAGUUAAUUCAUAGUGAAUUUAUUCAUUCUUCCAAAAUAAUUUAUUUUUUGUCCUGACUAUAAAAUGGUGGUUAAGGUGUUGUUUUCAGUUAGCAAAGGAGUUAUUAUCAGAGAGAGAAUUAUAGGUGGAAUUGGAAAUCAUGAUGGUUACUUUUGGUAGUUGCUGAAUUUAAUCCAUUCAAAGACUGCAUAUAUGAUUUUGGAUGCUAUUAAUUCUCAAGCCAAACCCUCAAGUAUUUUUUGGAUUAAUUUCUCCUGUGGAUCACUAUACCUUUUCGUCGAUGAUUGUACUAGGGACUUUUGAAGAUUUAUCUUGUUAUUUAAUUCAGUGUAUGGAGUUGAAUAAAUGAAGUCACAGAUCAAAAUUGCUCUUGCUAUUAUUAUUAGUUUGCUCUGGAUUCAACACUCCUUUUGUGAUGAAGCAUCUGACACAUCUAGUCUAAACAAGUGGAAAUGUAGAUGUGCUUCUUUCGAAGGAAACCAAAGCAACUUACUUGCUAAUUGUUCGAAAUCAUGUGAUUGCCAUUCAGAUUCUGAAGAGGAUGCAUCCAUAUGGACAUGCAUAUGUGGUCCCAAUGGAUUUCCCCAAGUGGCAGAAGAUGGUCAUAGCGCUAAGUGCUUUCAUGCUUGCAACUGCACCUGGGGAACUGUCAGCACAUCAUUAGGUUCAAAGAAACACAUUUCAAGCAAGGUUGUUGUAAUUGUCCUAUUAAUAUGUGUUAUAUGCACAACCAUUGCGUUGAUUACCACAAUUGUAUGCUACGUCUACCGAAGGAAGCAAUACUCUAUUCAAUCACCAAUAUUCUCAGUAGAUAAGGAAACAAGUAGUGGUAGUACCGCCAACCUAAUCAGUCAUCGGACAGGAACUUCUUCAGUACCAGAAACAACAUUUUUCGUGAAUUCUCCUAUUUGUCAUAUCACGGGUUGCUUUAAGAAACCCUCUUUUUUGUUUGGGAGCCAAAAAGAAACUUUUCAUGGAAAUAUAAUUCAAUUUUCAUAUGGUGAACUGGAAAGUGCUACUGAUAACUUUUCAGCUACCAACCUUAUUGGACUAGGCGGAAGUAGUUAUGUAUACCGUGGUCGCCUGAGAGAUGGUAACAUUGUGGCAGUUAAGCGAUUAAAAGAUCAAGGAGGGCCAGAAGCAGACUCUGCAUUUUUCAAGGAGAUUGAAUUAAUAUCUCGACUUCAUCAUUGUCAUUUGGUGCCUUUGCUUGGAUACUGCUUAGAAUCGAAAGGAAAACACAUGCAGAGGUUACUGGUAUUUGAGUACUUGAUUAAUGGAAGUUUGAGGGACUGGUUAGACGGAGUUUCUGGAAAAUACCUGGAUUGGACUACUCGUGUUACGAUUGCAAUAGGAGCAGCAAGGGGCUUGGAAUAUCUCCAUGAAGCAGCUGCUCCAAAAAUUCUUCAUAGAGAUGUGAAAUCAACCAACAUUCUUCUGGAUGAAAAAUGGCAAGCAAAAAUAACCGAUCUUGGUAUGGCUAAAAACUUGAGAUCUGAUGACCUACCAAGCGGUUCAGAUUCUCCAGCAAGAAUGCAAGGAACAUUUGGGUAUUUUGCACCCGAGUAUGCUAUUAUUGGUCGAGCCUCACUUGAAUCAGAUGUCUUCAGUUUUGGUGUGGUACUUCUUGAGCUUAUCAGUGGUCGACAUCCUAUUCAUAAAACUACCGGCAAAGAAGAAAGCCUUGUUAUAUGGGCUUCUCCUCGUUUACAGGAUAGCAGGCGAGUAAUAUCGGAGAUAGUUGAUCCACAAUUGAAAGGAAACUUCCCAGAAGAAGAGGUGCAUAUAAUGGCAUAUCUAGCAAAGGAAUGCUUGCUAUUGGAUCCCGAUACUCGACCUACCAUGAGCGAGGUUGUUCAAAUUCUUUCUAGUAUUUCACCUGGCAAAUCAAGGAGGAGAAGAAACAUUUCCACCAGCUUGUUUCAGGAACCAGAGGAUGUAGAAACAAAAAGGCAAGCUCAUUCCAGUGAAUUUCCAGCUCAUAAUUUAUCACCACUAGAUACCGAUUACAAUCCGUGUCUUGGAAACAAAAAUAGAGAAGAAGAUGCAGUUUCAGCUGAGUAUAUGGAAAGUUUGAUUCUCUUGGCAUCAAAAUCUAAUAGCUCGCAUUCAUCAGAAGAAGAGGAAAUGGUAGACAUAACAGAGCCUCGGUUCGAAUCAUUUUGCAUGACAAAUGGCACUGUCACUUGAAAACACAAACCAUUAAUGCCAAUAUUUUUUUGUGCAUUGCUCAACGGGAUGCUGCAAUGAAUUAUGGUUGAGAUUAUGUUCUAUAUUUGUUUCAGUUCUGUUUUGAAUUGAAAUGCACAUAGGUGGUGUUAUUAGAUUAUAAGCAGAAAAAAUAUAUCAAAUGUAUUCUUGUACAGAAAAGCUUAGGAGGACUAUAGGUGCAACUGAUUCUGGUUCUUUUACUUGGAGAAGAAUCCAAUUUCAUUAAUUAAAUCCUAUAUUUUUUAGGAGGAAUAUACACAUGUUUCCUCUUUAGGAGUAUACUUGUAGGAGUUUGUACCAAAUUCUUCUCUUAAAGUGAAUUUUUUUUACAGGACCUAAAUUAAGGAGCUCUUUACUUAGAGUAAUAUUGACAGGACAUGAUUGUAGCUUGUUACUUGUUCAUUGAUGAUGAGCUUGUUAUUUCGUGGCUAGGAAAUAGAUGUUUUUAUUUUAGCUUAUAAUUAGCUGCUAAUCUGUCCCAUGUUUUGUCAAAUGUUUGAAUGGGCAAGUUGUUCA